GGAAAAUGCAGAAGAAAUAGCAGUUUUAGAGACACUUGAUGCAGGGAAACUGUUUAGUGAAGGGAAGUAUAAAAAUGCACCGGCAGCAGCGGGGACUUUUCGUUACUACGCUAGUGCAGCAGACAAAAUCCACGGCACCACUCUCAAGAUGUCGCGUGACCUCCAAGGAUACACAUUGCGAGAGCCCAUAGGUGUGGUCGGACUCAUAAUUCCGUGGAAUUUUCCAGGACAAAUGUUUGCGUUUAAGGUUGCCCCUGCAUUAGCAGCUGGUUGUACUGUGGUUGUCAAGCCUGCUGAACAGACUCCCCUUUCUGCUCUCUUUUUUGCUCAUUUAGCCAAGCUGGCGGGAGUCCCUGAUGGAGUGGUGAAUGUGAUUACAGGAUUUAGACCAACUGCUGGUGCUGCCAUUAGCUCUCACAUGGACAUUGAUAAGGUUAGUUUUACAGGGUCGACAGAAGUGGGGCGUCUGAUAAUGCAGGCUGCAGCAACUAGCAAUCGAAAACCUGUGUCACUUGAGCUGGGAGGCAAGUCUCCUUUCAUAGUGUUUGAUGAUGUAGACGUUGAUAAGGUUUCGGAUCUGGCUUUAGCUGGAGUCACAUAUAAUAAGGGAGAAGUAUGUGCGGCUGGGUCUCGUGUGUUCGUCCAGGAAGGAAUUUAUGACAAGUUUGUUGAGAAGGUGGUAGCCAAGGCAAAAGCCAGGGUGAUUGGCGACCCUUUUGAUCCUAAUGUUCAACAGGGACCCCAAGCUGACAUAAAUCAGUAUGAGAAGAUACUUCCAUAUAUUGAACAUGGAAAGAGGGAGGGUGCUACGUUGCUAACUGGUGGUAAGUCACUGGACAGAAAAGGAUAUUUCAUUGAGCCAACUAUAUCAGGAGUCUCCGAUGGAUGA